CUUAAAUCCAACUCAGAACUCGCCCCACCCUCUCUCUCUCUCUCUCUCUGUCCACCCUCCCUCCGCCGUCCUCCUCUCUUUCUCGCUCCUCUCUCUCUCUAGCUACCCCUAACUCCACAACCCGACGCCCGCCCCAACCCCAGAAUCACUCAACUCUUCGCCCCUCCCCUGGAUUUACGCCCAAGAGAGACUGAGCUUCGGCCAAUCGGGGACAUGGCCAGUUCGAUAACGAGCGCCGUCUACCUCCACGUCAUCGAAGACGUCAUCAACAAGGUCCGAGACGAGUUCGCACUCAGUGAUGGGCCCGACGAGACUGUCCUCGAAAUGCUUCAAAGAAAAUGGGUGUCCAAAAUGGUAGAAGCUGGUGCUGUAUUGGGUCCGAUCGAGAGGUCCUCAACAACGAAGCAGACUCCAGGAGGCUCUGUCGCGCCGGUUCAUGAUCUUAAUAUGCCGUAUGAAGGGACCGAGUACGAAACUCCCACAGCCGAUAUGCUCUUUCCCCCAACGCCAUUGCAGACUCCUUUUCAAACUCCGUUACCCGGAACAGCCCAAACACCUCUACCCGGAACUGCCCAAACACCUCUACCGGGUACUGCAGACAACUCAAUGUAUAAUUUUCCUGCCGAUGGCACUCCCAAUGACUAUUCUUCAGUACAUGAUUCUGGAGGUGUAUCUGAGACGAAAGAUGGGAUGCCUAGCCCAUACAUGCAACCGCCCUCUGCUUGGAUGAACCAAAGGACUCCUCUAAGUGUUGAUGUUAAUGUUGCUUAUGUGGAAGGGCGGGAAGACUUGGACAGGGGAACAUCUCAACAACCAAUGAUGCAGGACUUCUUCAUGUCUGCUGGCAAGCGGAAACGUGAUGAGUUUGCUUCGCGACACCAGAAUGGUGGAUACAUACCGCAGCGAGAUGGAGCUGGAGAUGCUUGGUCAGAUCAUUUUCAGGUAAAUCAAGGGGCCAAUACUGAGAGCAAUAUUAUCACUGCCGCGAAUCGGGUGGUGAUCACUCAGGGGGCGAGGUUGUCUUCAAGGAUUCCUCAGUCGGAUGGGCCAAUUCCUGAUCCUUAUGAUGAUGCGCUUUCUACACCUAAUAUAUACAAUUAUCAAGGAGUUGUCAAUGAAGACUACAAUAUAGUGAACACACCGGCACCAAACGAUCAAGCAGGUACUCCUGCUUUUGUCAUGAAGAAUGAUGUUGGAGAUGACGACGAUGACGAGCCCUUGAAUGAAGAUGAUGACGAUGAUGAGUUGGAUGAUCUGGACCAGGGAGAAGAGCUGAACACACAACAUUUAGUUUUGGCUCAGUUUGAUAAGGUUACGAGGACCAAGAGCAGGUGGAAAUGCACUUUGAAAGAUGGCAUUAUGCACAUAAACAACGAUGACACUCUCUUUAAUAAGGCAAAUGGAGAGUUUGAUUUCUGAUUGUGUUACAGAGAUCCCCUGACAAUUGCUGUCCGAGAGCAAAUCUAGACAUGUCACUGUGUGCUCUGUGAUGUUCUUUUCGCAUUUUUCCUUGAGUGGAAGAGGAGAAUUGUGAUUCUUGGUGCUUUUGAGAGGGGAUGAUGGGUCGGCUGGUGUCUGUAGAUAACGAAGCCAAUCUAUUUUGCCCUAAGUAGAUGGCUGCUGGAAUUUUUUCCCCAAUUUUUUUCUCUGGUGGAAUUUUAAUACCUAUACUCUAUACUUGGGGCCAGUAAUUUAUGUCGAACAGCAUCAGUGGUUUUUAUUCGUGUUAUAUUUUGUCGGGUUCGUUGGCUGUUCACUGUUCAGUUGGUCUCCAGUUCAGUGUGCUUUUAUGUUAUCGAUUAAAGAGUUGUAAAACAGAAAGGAAGAUAAGAUGUCUUGAAAAUGAGAAGAUAGGAUGUCUUAAAACAGAAAGGAUGCCUUUGAUUGUCAUGCCAUCGCUGGUUUCCCCUUGUUGAUGUAACCGUGUCUGUUGAAUUCAUUAAAUUUUUCAUGGUUGGGUUC